CUUGUGAUGCUGUUGCGACUGCCUGGACUUUCUCGACUUCCGUCACUUGACCUGCAUGCGUGGUCGAGCCUGCGCGAUCCUCGACAUGCUCCCCGACCUCGCCGAGUGCCUCUUCAACGUCUUUCCGCGAGCAGGCCGAGUGAUGUGUUCUCGAAGCAUUAACUGGGACUGAGCCGGCUCGCACUCCUGGGCGAAGUCACGACAACACGGACCGUCCCGUAAGCCGCCAACCCAUCCAACAACCAUGUUCAGCUUUCUCGGCUCCGGCAUUGGACGCAAGAGCUCUUCAAGAUCGCUCAAGCAGACCGGUCCGACGACACAAGACGGCAGCGGCUCGCCAUUGCCGUCCCCGCCGCUCGCCUCCGCCGGCACCCUCCCGCCCAACUACAUCUCGGACGAGUCGCAGCUUCAGCCGCCGGGACCUCUACCCACACACCUCGCCGAUCUCAACCACAGCCUCGAGGUUCUCGCCACGAUAUUCCCAGAUGUGCAAGUCGAGGUAUUUCGCGAGAUGCUCGCAAGCUUCUCCGAGGAGUCUCGGCUCGCGCUCGUGACAGAUCUGCUUCUCAAAAGCCCGAAUCAGUACAUCAGGGGAAGGCGAAUAGCUCCCAGACCGAGCGGGUCCCGCAGCACAGCGAUGAACACCGCAACAACAGCAGAAGAGCCAGCCCGGGAUUCGACAUGGGCAAAGGCAGUGCCGCGGAAAGAGGCGUUUCGUGAUGACGCUUACAAGGAGGCGGUCCGCGCACUGGCAGCACAGGAGUUCAAAGGGCUCUCGCGGUCGUCGGUCCAGGCGGUCUUGUCUGAAUACAACUACUCAUAUCUGGACGCCCGGCCGACGCUGGUGGUCCUCUCGUCAAAGUCGUGGAAGUGCACGAUCUCGUCACUGUUCUACAUGCGGAAGCCCACGACCCCGAAAGAUGCCACGCAGCACCCCUUGGUCAUCUGGAGGUCAACGGGCAUGGGGUCGAUUUUCCCAAUGAUAAAGAGCACGGGUAAUCCUGAGCUUGACCGCGAGCUGUUCAACGAGCUCAUUGCACCACUCCAACAGCAGGAGCGCGGCAAGCGAGAGGCAUCUGACCAUGCGAUGGCGGUCACAUUGCAUACGGAGGAAGCCACAGCAUGCGACGCGCUCUACGAGUGCGCCUGCUGCUUCACAGAGUCAACUUUCGAGGAGUUUACAACUUGCAAUACUGAUGAAGGCCACAUGGUCUGCUUUCAGUGCGUGCAGCACUCCAUCAACGAAGCGCUCUUUGGCCAAGGCUGGCAGCGCAGCAUCAACAAGGAGACCGGCACUCUUCACUGCCCAGCCGUCUCGUCAGCGGAGUGCCAGGGCCACAUCGUCUCAGACGACAUCUUCCGUGCCGUGAGUCAACAGAAGAACGGCGCUGAAAUCAUGCACAAGCUCGACCAGCGGUUGGCAGACCACGGACUGGUAGCCAGCGGUAUCAAGCUGGUUCACUGCCCAUUCUGCAGCUACGCCGAAGCAGACGACAUCUACGUGCCUGCAGGCGUGGACAAGCUCAAAUUAAAGGCGAGCAAUUUCCCAAACGUGGUCUUCAUGAUACUGCUACCGUUCUGCAUCUUGCCGCUGUUCUAUGUCCUCGCAGUGGUGUUCUUGGUCGUUGCGUUUCCUUAUUUGAGCCGGAGAGCGCGGCACUACCUCAACCGUCAGCUUCGAGGCGCCGUCCGCCGUUUCCAGCGUCGCCGCCGUGGCCUCAAGUUCAAGUGCCAGAACCCGACGUGCGCGCGCGAGUCGUGCCUAUCCUGUUCCAAGGCUUGGGUCGACAUCCAUGUCUGCCACGAGUCGUCUCUCGUGGCGCUACGCGUGCAGGUCGAGCAGGCCAUGGCCAUGGCGGUCAAGCGUGUUUGUCCACGAUGCAACACGUCGUUUGUCAAGAACGGCGGGUGCAACAAGCUCACCUGCCCCUGUGGCUACAAGAUGUGCUAUGUGUGCCGCAAGGACAUUGGGAAAUCUACCGAGGGCUAUCAACACUUCUGCCAACACUUCCGGGCCCAGGGCGACGGGCGUCAGUGCGUCGAGUGCAACAAAUGCAACCUCUGGGAGCAGGAAGACACUGCUGCGAUAUUGCGGCAGGCGAAAGACGAGGCCGAGCGCAAGUGGCUGCAGACGGAGAAGCGCGAGCUCUCUGAUGCAGAGAAGGCGUACCUUCGCGAUGUGGUCCGUGGAGACGACAGUUCCGCAUCGUCGCCAUGGUCAGCGUUUUCGCCCAGGGCCGUGAAGGAGCACCUGUUCCCUGGCCUGAGGCGUGUUCAUAGCGUGGCAGACUUGUUUGACCUUGUUUUCGAGGCCGUGUUUGCGUGAAUGGCAAUGGCGCCAGCUUGGACAGUGACAGUAUGACAAAGAGACGGGACUUUCGAAACACGAGAGAUGACCAGAUUGCGAGAUUGGGUCAGUAUGAUGCGAUAUGAUAUCCGCCAGGGCGGUGUGCCGAAAGCAGUUGAGCAUUUGGAUAUGGAGUUGCGGAAUAUGCCGGCCGAUGCCUCCAUUGGAAUUUUGGGUUUCUGGAAUAGAAAGACCGCGUUAUGUAUUUUCUGGCGAUUCCUUGGCGUCAAUAUACCCUCCUCAUUAUUUGCUUUCACCUCAUGGAUGCUCCUGUCUUGGUUCUGUUGUCGCAUAUGUGCAACUCAGUGAUAUCAACUGUUGAAAAACAAACACCAAGGGACCAUACUGGAGCAUAAAACGACUUGUAUAGUUGGUUGGAGGGAAAUUAGAGGAGGGAUGAACUAACACCA